AUGGCUUUGAACCCGGGGGGCGAUUUCCGCCUCUCCGAGAAAGACCUGGGAGUCGUCCUGCGCGACUCCGACGAGUGGGCUUUUCUCGAGUACCUUCUCCAGAUGAGCGUCCGCACCUCGCGCGUGCGGCUGCUGCAGGCUUGGAACAUCGCACCGCCGCACCUGAUUAGCGCCUUCGAGAAGCGCACAAAGGGCCGCUUGCUCACGUACUCCUUUGUCGACGCGACUUCGCUCGAUGAAGAAAACUCUCUGCAAGACGUUGCGCGCCGCGGCUUGAGAAUCCCCACCCAGGGCAUGCGCUUCGCAGUUGGGAACUUCAGCCUGCCUGGGUUCCCACUGAUGCGCGGCGGACCGGGCGAAGCCGAGGACCCCUUCCUGCUGCCAUCCAGCGUAGUGGCUGCUCAACAGGAUGAGGCGAAAAAAGAGAGAGGGGAGUUCCUCGAUGCGGCGCGCGCGCAGCUUCUCACGGGAGAAAGACGCGUUUUCGAGUUCCUCCUCUGCCAAGUUGGCGUCGGCCGCUCUGUGGUCGUCGAGGACGAGAAGGAGGCGAGCGGAAGUCGCUUUUCGCUUCUGUGGGAGUACGACUCCGCGUACCUCGAGAAGGGCUGCCCGCCGCCGGAGGAGAGUUUGACUGUGCACUACCAGGCGGUGGAAGAGCUCAAGUACGGCGAAGACGGCGUGCUGAAGAGGCGCGACGACGACGAGGGGCGCGGCCGCGCGGCGUCGCUCGUCCUCGACGGGAAGCGCGUCACCCCGGGCGUCUUGCCUCAGUAUACCUUCCGCCACGACUACGUGGUGUACGACUCCUCGCAGGUGCUUCCCAAGUUUUUCCUCUUGUUCGAAAUGGAUCCUGCGCUCGAGGAGCUCUUUGCCGUGCCGCUCUGCGACAACUGUCAAGACAACCCCGCCUGCAUUUGGUGCCCUGCAGACAUCGCGCGGCUGUGCACGUCGUGCGAUGAGCUCAUUCACAAGCAGAACAAACUCGUCUCACGCCACAUUCGCGUCCCGCUGAAUGAGAUGCCGCGACCCUUCGGGACUUGCAAGUUGCACCCUGGCGAGCUCUACGAGCUCUUCUGCUCCAUCUGCCACGUUCCCGUCUGCCGGCUCUGCCGCGGAAACCACCUCCACAGCGCGCCGGGGAAGUCGGUCGGCAGCUCCGGCCCGCGGUCGAUAGUGGCUGGCGGCCGCUCCCUGAUGCCGCUGAACAAGCCGUACAAAGCGAUCCUGCAGAUGGCUCGCAAACCCCAUUUCAUUCUCGCCGCGCGCCGCUCCGAACUGGAAAAGCGUCUCGACGAAAUUCAGCGCAUGCUCGACGAUGUGCGGCGAAACUGUCGCGAAGAAGAGCAGAGAUGCUACGCGAUCCUCGAGGAAGCCAUGACUCAACUGCAUGGUUGCUCGGAAGACAAGAUGGGCGUCGUCUUGUCGCAUCAGCUCGAGCUUCAGAGAGAAAUCGACACGAUGGAGUGGAGCGAAUCCUUUCUGCAGUAUCUCCGCAGCGUGCUGCCCCCUGCGGACUUCCUGUAUGCCUGGUUGCGUCACUCUCGCCUGCGCGACGAACUCGAUUCGCUUUCUGGGGAUCCUGCGAUACUCUCUCGCAACGUCUUUCCUGACAUGCGUCUGCAGGGGCGCGUGGACAUUCUCACGGACUCUGCGCUCCGGCGGCGCGACCAGUGCCUCACGCAGAAGAGCGAGAGCGAGCAGGUUUCGCCUGCGGGUGGCAAGGCGAAGGAAGAGCGACCCGCGGGCGAGAAGCGCGUCCAGUUCGACCCCACACUGCUCGCGGGUUCGGGGUAG